AUAAGGAAGCUAAAGGAGCUUCCCUUAAACAAUCGGAAUCGGCAAACAAGAAGAUACAGCUGCGAUUAUCAACAAUCCCAGUCAUCACAUGACAUCCCUCUAAUUAAUGCCACGACAAUCCUAUGCUGUAGUGUGUGUGCAUUAUGUUUCCAGUACUGCAUUUUGGCACCCUGACAUCCAAUGCCGCUGAGUCUGUUAAUGCAUCACACGCGAACCUGCAGUCUGGCAGCCCAUUUAUCAUGCAAAACUGGGUCGAGUACCAAGCCACAAAACUGCCCGAGCGCAAGGACAAGUAUCCAGAACCGUUGGAUGAUGACAUGCCCGAGUUGACGCCAACAAGCUUCAAAAGUUCCAGGCAUUGUUCGAUGUGCCAAUCAGGCUCAAGGUUAUGACAACUGCUCCCCGUCUUUAUUCACUGUCUCUGAACGGGUAUCUAACAAGAACCUUAAAUUCAACGUUAACCUUGGCGAUAUGGAUUGCACCUGCAAGCAGCACAGGGAGUUCCAGUUUCUUUGUGUGCAUGUCACAGCAUGCAUUGACUUCAAAUUCCGAAAAGCCUGUAAGGCUUUAUGAAAACCACUCCUCGACAACAAGGCGCCUGACCCCAAUACUCUGUGUCGGCUUGAAGCAGAUUACGUUCACUUGUCUUACUUGCUGCCAUCGCUGCGUAUACUUUACAACAAGACAAUCGGCAUACCUCACACCAACGACAUGGGACUUGAGGACAGCGAUCAAUAUGAGGCGGGGCUUAUUCCGAAUAAACCUAACCAAGAACUGGCUGUCCCAAAAAAGAAAUCGUAUUCCGAGUCGUGGCAAGAAUACAAGCAAGAAGCACAAGGCAACUUCCAGACGCACUAACACAAGCAACAGCCCCAGUGCCAUUGCCGACAAUGAUUCAACCAAAAACAGUGAUAAGAAGAGGCGGAUAGUCAAGUGCUCCGCCUGCAGUGGGCGACACUAUAAGAAGACGGGAUGUGAUGCUUCCGUCACCAAGAGAGGCCCUCUGCCGACUGCCAAUUAGUUGCUAUUUUCUGUUAAUUGAAUCAGCUGCCAGUUUUCCAAAUAACUAUGCAGUUGUUUUUGUUCUUUCGGACUGCUUUUAGCCAUACGCGGAGUUAAAUGCGCCUUAAUUUGGGUUGUCGAUGUAACAAUUUUAUUGAAUCGAAUUCGCUAAUAAGAGAAUAAAAAACAAAU